GCGGAGGGAGCUGUGGGCGGGUUGAGGGUGUUUGCGUUGCCGUAGAGAUUUAGGUAGCGGCAUAUCCCGUGGGGAGCGAUAUCGCAUCGCCUAUUAGGAGGCGUGGCGAUCAUGGCCCAGCCGGUGCCAGAGCACAUCAGCUUCCCGGCGGAGGAGGAGAAGAUCCUCGCGCUGUGGAAGGAAAUCGACGCCUUCCAGACCUGCCUGCGCCAGUCCAAGGGGCGGCCGCGCUUCUCUUUUUACGACGGGCCGCCGUUCGCCACCGGCCUGCCGCACUAUGGCCACAUCCUGGCCGGCACCAUCAAGGACAUCGUGACGCGCCAUGCCCACCAAAGUGGCUUUCAUGUGGAGCGCCGCUUUGGCUGGGACUGUCACGGCCUGCCCGUGGAGUACGAGAUCGACAAGACGCUGGGCAUCCGCGGCCCGGACGACGUGGCCAAGAUGGGCAUCGACCGGUACAACGCCGAGUGUCGCAAGAUCGUGAUGCGCUACUCUCACGAGUGGGAGACGGGCGUCGGCAGGAUGGGGCGCUGGAUCGACUUCCGUAACGACUACAAGACGCUGUACCCGUGGUUCAUGGAGAGCAUCUGGUGGGUGUUCAAGGAGCUGUACAGCAAGGGCCUGGUGUACCGCGGCUUCAAGGUGAUGCCGUUCUCCACCGGCUGCAACACGCCGCUGUCCAACUUCGAGUCGGGCCAGAACUACAAGGACGUGGUCGACCCGGCAGUGAUCGUGAGCUUCCCACUGGACGACGAGCCGGACGUCAGCAUGGUGGCCUGGACCACCACGCCCUGGACGCUGCCCAGCAACCUGGCCCUCUGUGUCAACCCCAACAUGACCUACGUCCAGGUCCAAGAGAAAGAGUCUGGAAAGAAGUACAUAAUGAUGGAAGCACGACUGAUGUCGCUAUUCAAGUCGGAGGAGGAGUAUACUGUGCUGAAGAAGAUGAAGGGUGCAGAGCUAAAGGGCAGGGCCUACAAGCCACUGUUUCCGUACUUUGCCAAGAUGAAGUCGUCGGGCGCCUUCCGCGUGCUAACGGACGGCUACGUGACGGAGGAGUCUGGCACGGGUGUGGUGCACCAGGCUCCCUUCUUCGGCGAGGACGACUACCGCGUCUGCCUGGCGGCCGGCGUCAUCACCAAGGGCAUGGACAUGGUCUGCCCGGUGGACGCAAGCGGCAAGUUCACCGACCAGGUCUCCCACUUCAAGGGCCAGUACGUCAAGGACGCCGACAAGCCGAUCAUGAAGCACCUGAAGGAGGCCGGCCGCCUGGUCAACGCCAGCACCUGCAAACACAGCUACCCGUUCUGCUGGCGUUCCGACACGCCGCUCAUCUACAAGGCGGUGCCGUCCUGGUUCGUGCGCGUGGAGCACAUGACGUCCCAGCUGCUGGCCAACAACAGCCAGACGUACUGGGUGCCCGACUUCGUGAAGGAGAAACGCUUCGGCAACUGGCUCCGGGACGCCCGCGACUGGGCCGUCUCGCGCAACCGCUACUGGGGCACGCCGAUCCCGCUGUGGGUGUCGGACGACCUGGAGGAGGUGGUGUGCGUGGGCAGCAUCGCCGAGCUGCAGCAGCUGACCGGCGCCACCGUCGACGAUCUCCACCGAGAGACGGUGGACGGGCUGACCAUCCCUUCGCGGCGGCCGGGCCAACCGCCGCUGCGCCGCGUCUCGGAGGUGUUCGACUGCUGGUUCGAGUCCGGCUCCAUGCCGUACGCGCAGGCGCACUACCCGUUCGAGAACCGGCGCCAGUUCGAGGACUCGUUCCCCGCCGACUUCGUGGCCGAGGGCAUCGACCAGACACGCGGCUGGUUCUACACGCUGCUGGUGCUGUCCACCGCGCUGUUCGGCAAGCCGCCAUUCAAGAACCUCAUCGCCAACGGCAUGGUGCUGGCUGCCGACGGCCAGAAGAUGUCCAAGCGCAAGAAAAACUACCCGGACCCCAUGCUGAUCGCGGACCGGUACGGUGCCGACGCGCUGCGCCUGUACCUCAUCAACUCGCCGGUGGUGCGCGGGGAGAGCCUGCGCUUCAAGGAGGAGGGCGUGCGCGACGUGCUCAAGGACGUGUUCCUGCCCUGGUACAACGCGUACCGUUUCCUCGUGCAGAACGUGCACGGCUUCGAGAAGGAGGUUGGGGAGAAGUUUGUGUAUGACGAGGCCAAUGUGUCUCCCUCUACCAACCUGAUGGACCGCUGGAUCGUCUCCUUCACCCAGUCGCUGCUGCUGUUCGUCAAAAAGGAGAUGGCGGCCUACCGGCUGUACACGGUGGUGCCGCGACUGGUGAAGUUUGUCGACAACCUCACCAACUGGUACGUCAGGAUGAACCGCAAGCGCCUGAAGGGCGAGGGCGGCGCGGACGACUGCCGGGACGCGCUCAACACGCUGUUCUCGGUGCUGUUCUCCAUGUGCCGCGUCAUGGCGCCCUUCACGCCGUUCCUGACGGAGACCAUGUACCAGAACCUGCGCCAUCUCAGCAGCAGCGCCGAGGUGGCGUCCGUGCACUACCUGUCGCUGCCGGAGCCGCGCCAGGAGCUGAUCGACGCCGUCAUCGAGCGCUCCGUCAGCCGGAUGCAGGCCACCAUCGAGCUGGGCCGCAUCAUCCGCGACAGGAAGACCAUGCCAGUCAAGUAUCCGCUGCCGGAGGUGGUGGUGAUCCACACCGACUCGUCCGUGCUGGACGAGCUGGAGCCGCUCACCGGCUACGUGCUGGACGAGCUGAACGUGCGCACCGUGACGCGCACCAGCGACAAGGUCAAGUACGGCGUGCAGCUGCGCGCCGAGCCCAACCACCGCACCCUCGGCGCGCGCUGCAAGGGCGACUUCAAGGCCGUGAUGGCUGAUGUCAAGGCACUCGACGACGCGGCGCUGCAGCAGUUCCUGGCGGGCGGCUCGCUGACGCUGCGCGGCCAUCAGCUCACUCCCGAUGACGUGCACGUGCGCUACAGCGUCGGCAACGACGGCCCGGCUCUCAGCCAGUACGAGGCCCACUCGGACAACGACAUUCUCGUGCUGGUGGACACCACGCCCGACCAGUCGAUGCUGGACGAGGGCGUCGCCCGCGAGAUCAUCAACCGAGUCCAGAAACUGCGCAAGAAGGCCUCGCUGGUGCCGACCGACGAGAUCACCGUGUACCAGGCCGUGGCGCCGGCCGGGUCGGCCCUGGCCCGCGUGGCCGCCUCCCACCAGGAGUACAUCGAGGCGGCGCUGAAGGCGCCGUUCCGGCCGCUGGCGUCGCGCGCCGGCCGCACCAUCAUCGAGGAAACGGCAGACGUGAAGGGUGCGAAGCUGACGGUGGCGCUGGCGGCCGGCUUCUGCGCGGACUGGACGGCGCAGUCGGCGGCCGAGGCGACCGCCAACGGGGACAAGGUCCAGCCGUUCUGCAGGUACGUGAAUCUGGAGCUGAUGGACGCCGAGCCGGCGAACGGCGCGCGCUCCGCCCGCGCCGCCCUGCUGCUGGAGAACCCGGCCGGCCAGAACCAGCUCAGCGUGGCGCAGCUGCACACGGAGGCGCAGCUGGUGUUCGGCCAGCAGCGGCGCAAGGUGUUCAUAUACGACGGCCCGGACGCGACGCAAGAGGUGGCGGCGCCGGCCGAGCUGGCUGGCCGCACGCUCUACGUGUACACGCGGCCCGACCUGCGGCAGGGGGCGGCCUCCAGUCCGGCCCGAGCGGCCGUCCACACCAGGUUUGUGAACCUGCAGAACGGCGUGUGGCGGGCCACGCUGCUGCUGGAGAACCCGCACGGAAGCUUCAUGUUGGACUGGACGGCGCUGCGCCGGCGCGCCGCCCAGCUGAUGGCGCUCGACUCGCCCGAUGACGUCGUCCUCAGCCAAUCGGAGGGCGGCGCGCCGCUGGCCGCCGGCGGUGACGUGGCAGCGCUGGCCGGCUCGACGCUGCACGUGCGCCGGCGAUAGUGCAGCGCCGUGGGCUGUGGAGCCCCGACGCCCAGUGUGCUACGGCUAGGUUAUGUCGGAUCGGCUGGACAGGACCGUGGCGUUCUGUCCCGCGCUGGCGCUGGAGGGGAGACGUUUGCCUAGGUGCCGGUUGCUGGUGUGGUGGGUGAAGCAUCGCGUUCGUUCUGUUGCGUUGUUGGGGGAUCGGACGUCUUUCGGUUGUGUCCUCGUGCGUCGUUUUGUGCGGACGGUCAGCAUUCGCGUGCAGAUACGCUCAGACAUAAUACACAGCCGAACGACGACUUCUCA